GGUCCUUCCGGACCAUCUCACACAAGCUAUUCCUUCACCUCGUACGCACGUCCGCGCUCAUCAUAACCGCAUACAUCCUCUUUCGUCGCCUUUCCACGAUGGCGACUGUUUCCAAGAGCACGGUGUCAAGUAUCUCUCCGCAAGACUUUCAGACGUACAACCGUCUCGCCGAGCAAAUGUCCUUUUUCCACUCCAUCCUCCGUCGAAACUGGCACCUCGUCCUCUCCGGCUGCGCCCCGAGCUCCAAAAUGCGCCCUGCCGAACUCGUCCGCCACGCCAGCCAAUUCUGCCAACACCUCUCCGCUCACCACGAUAUCGAAGAAUCCCGUUGGUUCCCCGUACUCGGCCGUCGUAUGCCGGGGUUCCGUCCGGACGGGUUCGCCAAAGCUCAACACGCCGAGAUGCAUAAAGGGCUGGACGUGAUGCAGGCCUACGUACAAGGGGUGCAUCGAGGGGAGCAUCCCUUGCGGAGGGAAGAACUGCGCCGGAUCAUGGACUCGUUCGGGGACCUGUUAUGGAAUCAUAUGGACGAGGAGGUUGUCGAGCUAGGAGCGGAGAAUAUGAGCAAGUUUUGGAGCAAGGACGAGAUGGCGAGGUUGCCGUUUUAGUUUUGACCUGGGCAGUUGCUGUAUCGAUUUCUUGUUGUAUUGUGCGAGACUAAGG